ACAGUGUUGACUUGACGCACCCGUUUGCGAAUGAUCUGUCACCAAUACAACUCUUUCGACCCUCCGAAAAAUUAUACAAUACGAUCAGCAUAAAUUCAUACACCUUAUUUUUGUCGUGCGUGGGUGAAUGAGGUUUUGCGAGUUAUACGUCACUCCUACUAAGUAUUUUCGAACUUCUGUUUUGUUUCGCCGCUUAUCGUCCUCGUGGAUUCUGGAGCAAACCAAGUGGAGAACAGAAUGAAUUUAAAAAAUAAAAAUAAAAAAUAGUCAGUAAUACAUAAAAGAAAAGAGAAGGGGAUUGAGCGAUAGUGGCUCAACAGAGUGGGGAUUUGUACGUCGACGAUCAAACCGUCUAAAAGGUCUUGUAACAGAGGGGUUAGUGCGAGAGAAAGAACGACACGAACUGUAACCGUUUUUCUAGAGUUAGCGGGAAGAAGACUGAAGUACACGCGGAAAAAUGAACGAUAUGGAAGCGUAUGGUGAUGGAUACAUGGAGCCCGAGGAAGAGUGGGAACGAGAAGGAUUACUUGAUCCUGCUUGGGAAAAACAACAGAAAAAAACAUUCACAGCAUGGUGCAAUUCGCAUCUUCGAAAAGCUGGUACUUCGAUAGAUUCAAUCGAAGACGAUUUCAGGAAUGGAUUAAAACUUAUGUUGUUAUUAGAAGUAAUUUCGGGUGAGACAUUACCGAGACCUGAUCGUGGAAAAAUGCGCUUCCAUAAAAUAGCCAACGUAAAUAAAGCCUUAGACUAUAUUGCUAGUAAAGGCGUUAAGUUAGUUUCCAUUGGAGCAGAAGAAAUCGUCGAUGGAAAUUUAAAGAUGACUUUGGGUAUGAUUUGGACAAUAAUUCUUCGCUUUGCUAUUCAGGAUAUUUCUGUGGAAGAAAUGACCGCAAAGGAAGGUCUACUAUUAUGGUGUCAGCGAAAAACAGCGCCUUACAAAAACGUUAAUGUUCAAAACUUCCAUUUAUCCUUCAAAGAUGGUCUCGCUUUUUGCGCUCUUAUUCAUCGUCAUCGUCCAGAUCUUAUUGAUUAUAAUCGUUUGAGUAAAGAUAAUCCAUUAGAGAAUCUCAAUACAGCGUUCGAUGUUGCUGAGAAGUAUCUUGAUAUUCCACGCAUGUUGGAUCCAGAUGAUUUAAUCAACACUCCUAAACCGGACGAAAGAGCCAUCAUGACCUACGUGUCUUGUUACUACCACGCUUUUCAAGGUGCUCAGCAGGUCAACAUGCGAACUACGGCAAUGCCUGAUGAGAGAGCUGUGAUGACCUAUGUUUCCUCAUACUACCAUUGUUUCAGUGGAGCACAAAAGGCGGAGACUGCAGCAAACAGGAUUUGCAAAGUUUUGAAAGUAAAUCAAGAAAAUGAACGUUUAAUGGAAGAGUACGAACGAUUGGCUUCCGAUCUUUUAGAAUGGAUCCGACGAACUAUGCCUUGGUUAGCUAGUCGACAAACUGAUAAUUCUCUCGCUGGUUGUCAAAAAAAACUCGAAGAGUACAGAACUUAUCGUCGUAAACACAAGCCUCCUCGUGUUGAACAAAAAGCUAAACUCGAAACGAACUUCAACACACUUCAGACUAAGCUUCGGCUUAGCAAUCGACCAGCUUACAUGCCUACUGAAGGCAAAAUGGUUUCUGACAUUAAUAAAGCUUGGAAAGGUCUUGAGUUAGCUGAAAAAGCUUUUGAAGAAUGGCUUCUAUCUGAAAUGAUGCGUCUUGAACGUUUAGAGCAUUUAGCACAGAAGUUUAAGCAUAAAGCUGAUGCACAUGAAGAAUGGACUACAGGUAAAGAGGAGAUGUUAACGUCUCAGCAUUUCCGUCAAUGUAAGCUCAAUGAACUCAAGGCUUUGAAGAAAAAACAUGAGGCUUUUGAAUCUGAUUUGGCUGCACAUCAAGAUCGUGUAGAACAAAUCGCAGCAAUUGCUCAAGAACUCAACACAUUAGAAUACCAUGACAGCGCUUCCGUAAAUAGUAGGUGCCAACGUAUCUGUGAUCAAUGGGAUCGUUUAGGAACUCUGACGCAGCGUAGACGUCAAGCCCUUGACGAAGCUGAACGUAUUCUUGAAAAAAUUGACGUACUUCAUUUAGAAUUCGCUAAACGUGCCGCUCCAUUCAAUAAUUGGCUAGAUGGAACGAGGGAAGAUUUAGUUGACAUGUUUAUCGUUCAUACAAUGGAAGAAAUUCAAGGUCUAAUGGAUGCCCAUGCGGCAUUCAAAGCUACUCUUGGUGAAGCCGAUAAAGAAUACAACUCGAUUGUAGGCCUAGUUCGUGAAGUUGAAUCUAUUGUCAAACAAUUCCAGAUUCCUGGUGGACUUGAGAAUCCAUACACUACUCUUACAGCUUUGGAUCUUACGAAAAAAUGGAGUGACGUAAGGCAAUUGGUACCACAACGCGAUGGUACACUUCAAGCAGAAUUGCGUAAACAACAAAACAACGAACUCCUCCGCAGGCAAUUUGCUGAAAAAGCCAAUGCUGUUGGACCAUGGAUCGAACGACAACUUGAUGCAGUUACUGCUAUUGGUCUUGGACUUCAAGGUACACUUGAAGAUCAAUUGCAUCGUCUUAAAGAAUAUGAACAAGCAGUUUAUCAAUACAAAGCACAUCUUGAAGAACUUGAAAAAAUUCAUCAAGCUGUUCAAGAAGGUAUGAUCUUCGAAAAUCGCUACACUCAAUAUACCAUGGAAACAUUACGUGUUGGAUGGGAACAGCUUUUGACCUCUAUUAAUCGUAAUAUCAAUGAAGUUGAAAAUCAAAUUCUAACUCGUGACUCCAAAGGUAUUACACAAGAACAAUUGAAUGAAUUCCGCAGUAGUUUCAAUCAUUUCGAUAAGAAUCGAACCGGUCGAUUGGCUCCUGAAGAAUUUAAAUCGUGCCUUGUAUCACUUGGCUAUUCAAUUGGUAAAGAUCGUCAAGGUGACAUUGACUUCCAACGUAUUCUUGCAAUUGUUGACCCUAAUAGUUCAGGAUACGUACAAUUUGAUGCCUUCCUCGAUUUUAUGACACGCGAAUCUACAGAUACUGAUACUGCUGAACAGGUUAUUGACAGCUUCCGUAUACUUGCUGGUGACAAGCCAUACAUCUUAGCUGAUGAAUUACGGAGAGAACUACCACCUGAUCAAGCAGAAUACUGUAUUCAGCGAAUGCCACCUUACAAAGGACCUAAUGCUCAGCCUGGUGCCCUUGAUUAUCGCUCGUUCUCAACGGCUCUCUAUGGCGAAUCAGAUCUUUAAAGCUGUUAUAAUUUUCACAAUAAUAUAAUCGUAAGAUCGUUUUAUGAUCUUUGUCAGAAAUACUGUGAAGCGCUUACGAUUAAUACUUAUUCACUACUUACAUAAAAAGAAAUUUAUACGAGAUGUAAAAUCAUUGUAGUUUUUAUCGCUUACAUGUACAUUCAAUGAAUAUAAAGCUUCCAACGUUCGCCCUAAAAUAACGGCGUGAUGAACAAAACUAUAUUUCAUAUACGUUUUUAGUCGAUA